AAAAGAGUGAAAUCAGGUACUUUCCUUGAUAAAACCACCAAACUUGCCCAUAUCUUCUUCUUCUUCUUCUUGAAACUCACGUGGUUUUGUUGAUAAAAGCGCCCUGCUAUGAAUGUCAAACAAAUUCAAAAUGGUGACCUGUCAAAGCGGUUAAGAAGCUACCUGUCUUUUUAAAGUACCUUGCACAGAGCGACGAAUCCAGCUUCGGCCCACCGGUGAACACUGAGUGCCACGCAGCGAACUGUCAGUGGCCCCGUACGUAUGCCGUACGCAGCCAGAGUUUGUGAGUGUGCGUGUUUGGCGAUGACAGCGGCGAUGACGCAUUGAUUGUGAUUGUUUGUCGUGUCCCGUGACCGUGAGCGGAUGCUGGAACAUCAGCACAUAUCAGCGGAGCAGAGCCACCAGCCACGCAGCGCGAGCCAUUUGUUUGUUGUUGUUUUGAUCCACCAGCUCUCUAGCGAGGAACCAUCACGGACAGAGCGCAGCCCUGUGAACGUGAACGUGACGUGUGGACCGCGCACGACAUCGCAGAUCUAUCUUUCCGGAUCAAUCCGGACUGUGCCAAGCCAAGCAAGCAUACCUAUUUCCCAGGUAGCUACCGAAUCGAAACGUAGCCGCUAAACGUUGCCAACGCGAGCAGUGUUUGACAGCAGCAGCAGCAGCAGCAGCAGCAGCAAAAGCAUACAAUCCACCAAUCAAAGCGAACCACAAGCAAACCGGGAAACCGCACCGGAACCUGUCCGUCGACCGACGACUCUACUAGUUUCCCUGGAAGGCAUUCUCUUCUCGGCAAUUUGUUCUUAACAUGAGUAGCGGCGUGGAAGACAUACUGACCUACAAGCGGGACUCGAAGGAGGACCUGUACGCGAUGCUGAACUGCAGCGAAACCUCCACGGUCGACCAGAUUCAGGCGGAAUUCAAAAUCCUGGCGCUCCAGUACCACCCGGACAAGAACGAUGGCGACAAGGAAUCGGAAGCCAAGUUCCAGCAGCUGAAGGAAGCGAAGGAAAUCCUGUGCGAUCCGGAGAAGCGAGCCAGUUACGACAAGUGGCGCAACAGCGGCAUCCAGAUCAGCUACAAGAACUGGCUCGGCAUGAAGGAGCACGUACAGCAGAGCAUGCACUGGGCAAUCCCGAAAACCAAGGACCGGAUGCUACCGGACGGUGCCGGUGCGGGCGCGCCCGGAAGCGCCGCAGCCGCCGCCGGCGGUUCGGCCGGUCCGGCGUCCGGGCUCAGCGCCGCCCAACCAAACCCGGCCCAUCGGCGCGCCUCGGAGGGUGGUGCCGCGCUGUACUACGGUGGCCGGAAGGGCGAAUGGGGCUCGGAGAACUCCAGCGAGGUCGUCAACAAGUUCCGCAACUAUGAGAUCUAAGCUGCUAUCUCCUCCCCUCAACUUUUUAUAAGAUUCCUUUUAUGGUAUUUUUUUUUAUUGCUACCACCGCGGGUGCUGAAGGUGGACUCUUCGGGUGACUAUUUUCACCUUCACCCUGUUUUUUUUUGUGAAGUUUGUUUGUUUGUUUGUUUGCCUAUUUGUUUCUUAUAUAGAUUUGUUAUCGAAUUUUGCUCAAAGCGUUCGUCGGCCGCGUCGACCAUUCUUUUAUACGACCGUUAUAUAGUUUGUACUAUUUACACUCUCCAAUCUCGCGCAAUUUGAGCUACUCCAUCUUAACCCCGGAACAGCAGAUCUAGGAUGCUUUAUUUGAGGUGUUUGUCAGCGUCAUCAACAAGCGUCUUUGCUCGCUUUCCUGACGCCAAAACCGGACAAAACUGGAGGGCAAUGGGACAGGUGUUGGCACUAAUUGCACACACACUCACACACACAUACUUGAACACACAAUCACACACGGAUGAAAAGCGUUGCUGGAAAGCAACCGAACGAAAUUGAGUAAGGAUUAAAGAUGAAGAAGAGAGACAGAAAAAAAGAAGAAGAAGAAGAAGAAGAGGAGGAGGAAGAAGAAGAAGAAGAAAAAGAAAAAGAAGAAAACAAAACAAAUCAUAAUCUUACUAAACACCCGCACCUCAAACUCUUCCGUUGCGUUAGCGUGGUGUGUCUUGCGUCCCCGCGUGCCCGUACCAGCCCACCGUUGCGUACUUGUAUCCUAACCUCAAAGCAAACAAGCAAAAUCCCUCUCCCCCCCUCCCCAUCCCCCCCCCACCCUGAUCGGUGUAUUGUAAUUUCAAUGUUGUGCAAGUUGUGUGCCGCGUGUGUUUAUGUGUUUAUGUCGGAUCUAGUUGUUCCCCGAAGCCACACGCGAUUUAUUACCCGAAAACCGUUUACCGUUAACGUAAAACGUAACGUAUGUGCAUUGCACUCGACAUUGCGCACUUUAAUCAAUCAACCUUUUUGCACGGCGUGGCAGAAAGAGAGGAGAGCCUCUUUCAGAAACAGAAACAAAACGUAAUAUGGUGUAAAAUGCAUGAAGAAAAACACGAGGGAAAAACAGCAAAUGGAUGCAAAAUGCGAUGACGCGAGAACGACGAACCCCUAGAAACAACAGAAGAACAGUAGCAACAACAACAUCCGCGCACACGCUGCAAUCCAUCGAGACAAUGAUGUAAGACGACAGAAUAUAUACGACAAGAGUAAUGAUUUCCAUACGCGGGCGCACAAACACCGCGCGUCGCGGGCCUCUACCUUGGCCACUAUUAACACAAACACAUGCGCGCGCGGUGAUUUGGGAACUGUUUGAGGGGGGAAGGGGGAGGGGUGGUGCGAGAUACAGGAAAAGUGAAAGGGAUCUAAGUGCACGACCGACCGGGUGUGUAGGUCUCUCGGACGCUCUCUAUUUUGUAGCGCAAAUGCUGUACGAGUUAUGCCGGGCAUACGGCGGAAGCUGCUAGCAUGAAGAAGAAACAGAAGAAGAUGAAGAAGAUAUUUUUGUUAACAAUUAUAUAUAUACAUAUACAUAGAUACAUAUACAUUAAAUGAUAUGAUUCUCUGAUUACUAGUAUGUACACAUACACACACACACACAAAGACACCGCGUAGGACAUAUAAAUCCUGAAAACUGUUAGAAGGGCCGGUUGAAAGGCCCAAACCUCUGCGGCUCUGCAUAGAAUUGUAACCAUUUUUGAAACUCACAAACUGUUUGUAGCGGAUAAUUUGCGGAUAAUGCGCAAAUUCUCCAUUCCACUCCUCUCGAGAUGCGCGUUCGAUACUGAUCCACACCCCUGAUCCCUGUAGCAUACGAGCGCACAUACAUUCACACGCACGCACAAACACACACACACACACACAAAGACAAAAAGAUCCUCUUGAAUCCUAGCUUAAGCACAAUUGAUCGGCUGUCGACGGGGUCGAGAGAAGUGGGAGAGCGGGGAUGGGGGGCAAGCGCGAAGAAACGCGUAGGUUGAAACCCAUACCUUCGGUCUUGGUUGUUAUCCGAAUGCCCUUUAAGCUCUAGCGGAGAGACGCGAUUGAAGAGACGACGUAUAGUAUAGAAUAGAAGGUGGAGCACGUUUAGUGGCACAUCCAUCUUUCUCUCUCUCUCUCUUUCGCUCUCUCGCUGCUUACUGAGAAUCAGAAGGAUAGAAAGGAAUUAAUCUUCGAGCUGGCGCAGGCAGGGAGGCAACUGUAGGCAUCUUUAUCCAACACUUUAUUUUCUGCGAUGUUAUAAAGGAGUGGUAAAAAGUGGAGUUGGGUGGCGAGAGGAUAAGGAAAGUUUUGAGAGAAGCUUGCCAUCACCGAACCCCGCUUUAUCGAAGCUCGAAGAACAAUCAACAAGCUCUCGAGACUGAUUCCAUUUCCUUCCUUCACACAACGCGCACCCCUCGACCUCCCCAAAAUUCGCUCCAAAGAGCCCAGCUUUGGACAUCCUGACAUUCUGACAUGCGGGUUUGAAAGGGAAAAUGGGAAGGGAGAAGCUGUGGUUGCUUGGGUGCUGUGUUAUUUGCGGAGUGCCACCAGCUAGCGCCCGGAUUCCCGGUCCUGGGCAAACCACAAUUUCAAUUGAGCGCACUCAAUCCAGAAUCAGCAAACAGACAAGUGGCUGACCCGGCGCGAUAGAGAGAGAAAGAGAGAGAGAGAGAGAGAGAGAGAGAGAAAGAGAGAGAGAGAGAGAGAGAGAGAAAGAGAGAGAGAAAGAGAGAAAGAGAGAGAGAAAGAAAGUAAAAAGGUGGGUGUUUGUUGUGUUGGAAGAAAAAGAGGGAACAUUUUGUCAGAUACCCUGGUAGAUUCUAAGUAGUGCACAUCGCCUUGGCCUUGUUGAAAACUUCCCCAAACCCCCCCAUCCCGCGCCCAGAGCAGAGCACGCUCUCUAGAGCAACAUAUUGAAAUCAUAUAUGAAAUCUAUUGAAUCUCUAUUUACACCUUCCCCUAGCUGGUUCCAGGAUUGCCUUUUUCCCUUCCCCUACCACCAUUUCAAAAGUGGUGUGAUUUUUGGAAGGAUCGAUACAUCAUGGUGCCAAAUUGGAAUGAGAAUAGCAAGCAAAAGAUUUAGAGUAACAUUAGGUCCAAAGCAGUUCGGCAAACAAAAAAAAAACAAUGCGAGAGCUAUGCGCUAAAACUGGCUAAAGCCCUGACCCUCAUCGUGCCCACGGUCCCCCUCCUCUUUUAAGGUUUAUGCGGACUGCAGACAUUCCCAAAAUGUGAUUUUACGUUGUUGUCUCCCCCCGGCCCUCUGUUCAAGGCUGUUCUGUACCGAGCUGUAGCUGAGGCUGAGGAAGAAACGGAAAUGUAGUUGAGAGAGUUAGAAGGAAAGGGAAGGGAGGGGGGAGGAGGAGGAGGGAGAGCGUCUUGGCGUGGGUCGGUGGUGAAGCAACCAAUCAUUCUUAGAUCCGUAUACAUUCUUAUAUACACACAAUUAUACAUAUACAGAUAUAUAUUAUAUAUUAUACGUAUAUAUAUAUUCAUAAAAGCAAGCAUAAAGUACGCACCGAAGCCGAUGUUGUAUGUUGUUCAUGUCCCACGAUUGGACUAAAAAGAGAAGAGUAGAAACCGACCGAACACAAGAAUGCGAAGAAUGCGCGACAGUGCGCUAGCAUAAAUUAUAUACCAGAUAAAUGGUUCGUUGAUUGUGAAUUGAUUUAGUGUCGCGACGACAUUCCAUAUCUUACGAGAAGAUGACGAUGACGAUGAUGAUAAUGAUGAUGAUGAUGAUGAUGACGAUGAUAUACAAAAUAGCUAAUUACAGAAUGUUGUUGGGUGUAAGGGGUACGUGACAGCUGGUGAGUCCAUUAUCGAUUGAAAUGAGCUGGUAUCAAUGCGAAAGCAACCGGAAUCAAAACACAGAGAAAGAGAGAGAGAGAGAGGACAGGAGAGAGAGAGAGAGAGAGAGAGAGAAAACAGAAAACAAGCAAAAAAGCAUAAUUAUAUGAAUCAUUCUAACAGAAUCAAUGUAAUGGGAACGUGUGAAAACCCCUUUCUGCCAACACAAUUAGCUUACCGAUCACUACCACCUCACCUACCACAAAUCGUGUCUGCGUAGGCGUGUGUGUGUGUAUGUGAGUGCGUGUGUGCGUUGUAUCGCCGUAUCAGAACAAUGUCGCCAGCUCUCAGCUACUGGUGGCAGCUAUAGUGUGUCGUGAACGGAAGCGAAAUCUCAAUAUAAUAACGAAGGCGGUAGAGAAGCAUUGUUAAAUGUAACUGGCGGCCGACCGACCGACCGACCGUGACCCUUCUCCAAUACCAGCUACACCUCCGAUACCACCACCGCGUCUAGCGAACGUCUACACAUCCCUCUUUUACACUGAAUAAAACAAACCAUUUUGUG